GUACGACAAAAUUCGGCGCGGCCGCUCGUUUUGUUCUUUCGCAUUUCGUUCGUCUUUCGCACAUGACGAGAAAUUCGCAAAAUUCGCCAAACAAAAAAUUAUAAAAAAAUAAAAAUUAAAAACAACAAAUAAACGCCAAAACCAAAAUUGAUCGGAAAUUAACAAAAAUAAAUAAUUUAAAAUAUUAAUUUUAUGUUGUGUGUUGUGCCUAAAAGUGCCUCUCGCUCUAGCUGCCUCUAGUAACAAAUUGCAUUUACAGUUAAAAUUAAAUUACACACAAACUCAUACACACACACAUAGAUUUAGAAUUGAUAAAGUGCCAAAGUUAUAGUUUGUGCAACAAAUUGUUGCACUUAUACAUCAGUGCAAAUUGAUAAUAUACAACAAAGUGCAAAAAAAAAUUUCAGUAAAAUUAGUAUAUAAAUGCAUAUUGUAUAGAAAUUUUCUUCGCUAAGAAAGUUGCGAACAAAAAAAAAAGUUCGCUCAGCUCGCAGUGACGCCUGCGCAGCUGCAAAUUCUAAUUGGAUAUUUUUUGCAAACAGGAAACGGAAGCGACUACACGCCAUUUGUAAAAAACUCGCGCAAAUAGAGGCUAGAACAAGAACUCGUUCAUGUAUUUAUGAGUCUCGACUGCCGGAACACCCAACACGCAAUCCAUGUGGCUGAUGCAUUGACACAGCGACGCAGAGACACUUGUCGCCUAGCUGAGUAGCCGCUCGGUGGAGCUGUGAGGAAAAUGUUUCCACGGCAGCCGGCUGCAGGCAGCGCGGAUAUUUAUCAGGAUGCAACAACAACGCUGCGCUCAGCGUUUCCCAACUCUCGACUGGAUUCGCUGGCGGCGCAUCCAACGCCCGCCAAUGAACCUGAUCCCAACAUGGACAGUCAGCUGGCAGCGCCAGAUCCAACUGAAUUGGGCGGCGCCAAUACUGGAUAUAAUCCGCUGGACGAUGACUGGUGGUCCAAUGCCAUUGAGGUGGACACGUUCGAUUCGCCGCUGGCCUUCGAUGCCAGCGAGAAUGGUCUGUGGAACGGACAUUUUGUGCCACCGCCGCCGCGUCCACCCUUUCUGGAUGAAAGCGUCGCCGCUGACGGCCUGACCACCUGUGAUCUAUGCACGUGGGCCUGGCAGCGUAAUGCCUACUCCCUAGACGGUUCGAUAGAUAACGCUGGAGAGCUUGGAUGGGUAUUCACCCUAAUCGUAGUCUCAAUCAUAUCGGGUCUUAUAGGUGCUAUUGUAAUGGUCAUAUUUCUAAGAUGUAGAAGAAUUAAAUCAGCGAAUGCCAAUGGUGGUCGCCCGCAGCCGUGGUGGUGUCGCAACAAUCGCAACGGUGCCGGCCAGAACCGCUCGCCAAUUUCCAUUAAGCAUUCGGCGGACAGCAUACGCCGGCCGACUAGCAACUCGGGCGUCUGGACCUGGCUGGGCGGCAGUCGGCGCUCGUCGGCGGGACCCGAUCAGAUUGGUCCGCCAUCAACAUCGCCAGCCGAGAAUCAUUAUACCCACAUGGAUGAUGCGUACAGUCCGGUCGGUGUCAGCGAAGCUCUCUACGCGGAACUUGAUCGCGAAUCGGUGCGUUCGGCAAAUCCGUCGUAUCAGAAUACGGCAUACAGUCAGUGUGGCGAGAAAUACAAUUUCCAAGCACACGAGCAAGACAUUCCCAUGGUCGUCUCGUCAGCGCCGAGCAGCGCCUACUACUCGGAUCUCUCCGUAACGGCCAUGCCGGGCGGCGCCAGUGGCAGCAACCAGGGCGCCUAUGAGAUUGUUGGCCUAAAUGUCAUGUCGCAGCCGCUGCCCAAUUGGGAGCAUCAUGGCGGCGGCGGCGGCGGCAAUGGCGUUGGCGGCGUUGCCACCACCGGUCUGGCGACGGGUGAUGCUGCCGCAGCGGCCAUGACGCAACGCCGCAUGCCGCGGCUGGCGGCCAUCAAUGAGACGAGCACCAGCACAGUGCCCUCGGACUAUGUCUAAGGAGUUGAGCAGUUAAUUUGUAAUUUAUAUUAUAUAAGAGAUAUGUGACUUUAAAAAAGUGAAAAGAGAACAAGAAAUGCGAGCUUAACAUGUUAAUGAAUUACGUUACACACAAUCUAUAUACAUACAUAUAUAGUCUAAUGAUAUAUAUAUAUACAAAUAGUUCUAUGGAUAUAUAUAUAUAUAUUUAUAUUUAUAGCAUAUGCUAGCUUAGAGUUAGCGUAGUUUCGAUUCGUGUCUUUUGUUUAUGUCUGAAUUGUAAUAUAAAGCGACAGAUUUACAUACAAGCAUGUAUUAUAAAUCUAGUUUUAAUAUAGUGUUAAACAACGAUUUAAUCGUGGGUGAUAUUUAGCCUAAAUAUGCUAUAUUCUUAUGUUCUAUGUACUUUAGCAUUUUCUAAAAAUGUAAAAACAACAGAAACGGCAAGAAAAAAGCCCAUAAAAGCAAGCAAAAGCAAAACGGAAAACCGAAUUAUAAGCAUUUUUUGAUAAAUUUGGAUUAGGUGAGAGUAACGCAUUUCAGUCUUAACGAAAACACCCCAACAAUGUACCCAAAAUCAUAUAAUGGCAUUAUACGUAUUUAUACAGCAA